CAUCUAAGCCUUUAGCUCCAAAACCCUUGGUAACUAACCCUUUACCUUCUAAAGCUUUAACCCCAGUUAUUCAUUCUUCUUUAACAAAUUUGACAAAUAAUUUGUCAUUACAACAAUGGCAAUUUCCCGCUACACAACUUCAGUUUUCCUUAAUAUCAUGUGAUCAAAAAAAUUCUUCAACUCUUAAUCCCAUAGCCGUUAACCCAAGAGCUGUCUCUAUUUCUACUAUACCUCAUAAUUUAACAUCAACAUCAACCACUAUUAGAUCUAAUACAUCUA